UACAUUGAAUUAAAUAAAUCAUUAAACAUAUGUCAAACUCUUAUUUAAACCAUACAUAUAUAUUGUGCGCUUUUUGAACAUAACCUAAAAGUUCUUCCGUAACUGGUACAAAAACAAGAGAUCAAAGAAGUGAAAAAUUUGAAACAAUGGUUUUAUGUAACGUAGAAUGUUUAGAAAGAAUUUCAAAUUACUUAGAUGUUUCACCAUUGCCAUUGGAAAUGCAAGAAAAUAUAGUCGUUGCAACGAAACGAGACUCAAAUCAAAAAAUAGAAGGAUUUAGUACUAUAAUUCAAUCAUUAAUUGAAAAUUCGAAGUAUCCUGAUAUACUUGGGGUUAAUAAUGAAAUGAAAGCAUUAUCACAACAGUGGUUGGAAUAUGCUGUUGUUUGUAUUAAUUAUGCCGAUACACCGAAUAAUGCAAAAAAAGUUUUACAGCGGGAAUUAACUCAUCAAGAAAAAGCUCAAUAUGUACAUGUGUCAAGGUGGUUUGAUAACAUGCAACAAGAAGAGAAAUUAAGACAACAAUUAGAUUUAAUUUCUUUUGAUCUGUUACAUUUAUUUUUAUGAAUAAAAUAAAGAUAUGGUAGUGAUUUCCAUAGAUAUUACAUAUUAAUACAGUUAAAACAGUUUUUAAUAAAAUAACAAAUGACUUAUUUGUCAAGUGAAAAUAUUAGUAACUAAAAAAUAUAAAAUCUAAUACACAAUGUAUUUUUUGUUUUAUGAUCAUUUUUUUGCAUUAGUUGAAAGAUCCUACUAGUAAUAGAAUAACAGUUUUUAACAUGUUAAAAAAUGUUGUUUCUUUAUAUUGACACACCACGCAUAUAAAUGUUCUGAACUUGUAUCUGGCUUUAAGUAAUUAAAAGAUUGUAAUAUUACCUUAUUAAUAAUUCAUGUAUACUCAUUUUAUUUUGACAAAAAACAUUUUUAACCACAGAUAUGGUACAGAGUAGACCUGACAUCUUACUGGAUUUUAUAUCAUAUAAAAUACUGAUUGUUUAAAGAAACAGCUAUUUCUACAAAACAGUUCCCUACAACUUAAAGUGGUAAUGUAAAAUGAUAAAAAUUAUAUACAUAAAUUUAUAUUAUUGACUAACUUAAUUAACGAUUACAUCUAUUUAGCCAUAGUAAAUCGAGAAAGAAGCAAAAAUAUUCGAAUCUUUUUUAAAGUCGGAAUUUAUAUUGUGAGACACGAAGUUCCAUAUGAUGUCAUGUCUAUCCUAUUCUUGGUCACAGACGAAGUAUAGACGAAGUAUUCUCGUCAGUGGGGAUUCCAUUGACUAAUAAGAGCAUUAGCCAAUGAUGGGAGUGAUUCUAAUCUUUUUCGAGGUUGACAUUUCAGAACGUAGCGAGCGAAUGUCUUAUAUCAUCAUUGACUACCUUGCAUAGACCGGACAUCAAUAGGGUUUUGUGUCUCAGGUUUUGGGGGGUCAUAUGAUUCCUUUAUCAUUUUCAUGUCACAUCCUAUCAUAUCGACUUAGGUAAGUAUUGCACUAUAGAGCUAUUGGUAAUAGAAAUUAAAAUAAAAAAAUAUGGACAGCGUUGCCGUUUCUUCAUCGAAAAUUAUUUAUUGAAUUGAAUUCGGUGACACUUUAUCACGAGCAAACAUUGUACUUACAAUAAUCAUAAUAAAUAAAUGCGAAUUUACUCAUUGUUUAAAAAGUUCUAUCAUCAUAU